AUGCUAGACGAGAACCUACCCACUUUCUUCCUCAAGGCCACCGACAAAGCCAGCAAGCACCAGGAGUCCUUCCUCUUCACCCAGAAUGGCUCCGAGCCAGACGCACAGUAUGCGCUCAACCACGUCGAUCCUGCCUCGCACGCAGCGAAGAACACGUACGCAGUCGCGCUCUUCGACUCGCACAACCCCGAGAUCCUCUAUGGCGAGGUCCUUGCGAGGCCCGGAUGGUCACACCCAACCCUGUCGCAGGAAGAGAUGCGCAAGAACGGCGGGGUGCCGCCCCCGCCGCAGCCCCUCUUCCCCGACCAGUUCGCCAUCCAGCUCUACAAUCCAGACACGCAGAUCCUCGUGAGGGAGCAGAAGACGAAGUGGAGCGGAACCCAGAGCUGGGAGUUCAGCAUUCCCCAAGUCACCUUCCGCACACCGAGUGCCUCCACGCUCGACCGCAGCCAGAACGACCCUGGCGCGGACGCGACCACGCCAAGAGUAAACUUUGUCUGGCGCAAAGAGGGCCGAUACGCAAAGGACAUGACGUGCUACCUGACGGGCAAGUCGACAGACCUGGUUGGCAAGAAGGCCAAGAAGAGCAGGGAGCCCGACAUCGUCGUCGCUCUCUUCACAAUGCUGAAGGAGAUGACCAUCAUGGAGCCAAACCUCUACCGUAUCGAGAUUGAAGACUACAAGGGGCUGGAGGUGGUGCUUCUGCUCAGUGCAGCAGUCAUCAGGGACAUGUUCAUCAACAGCCAGCGCGAAGCCUUCCACAUUGUCGACCCAGCCGUGCGCAAGAACAGCGGCGGCAUUCUGACACGGAAGGCCUCUUCGCCGCUGGUAGGCCCUGGCGUCACGCCGCCCGUCAUGACGCCGCAGCCUCCUCCGCCACCCCCCUACGCCGGCCCAUCUCAGCGUCCAGCUGAGAAAGCAGCACAAGCUUCUGCGCAAACUGCCCGGCCGGUUGCGGCACCGGUUGCAGUUGCAGCUCCCACUGCAGCACCAGUAGCGAAUUUUGCCAACCGUGCAGCUCAGCGUUCCUCUCUUCCCCCAUUACAGACACACAACCAGCAAACACCACCUCAACAAGCCCAACACCCUUACCCUCAGCGCCCACAGCAGCCGGGAGGCUCUCAACGACCUCAACAGAAUUCUACGCACCCACUCCGAUCGCAACAGAGGACCGCCCAGCGCCCGCAGCACCCCACGCAAGCUCCACCGCAGCAGCCUCCAAGGCUCGACCCACGCGCGCAAUGGGAGAUUGAUGCAGAGACGGCUCGCCUGAAGACGGCAGUGGAGGCUGAGGCUCGCGAGCAGAGGAAACAGGAGGAGGCAGCUCGCAAGGCCCGCCGCAGGGCUGAGGCUGAGGAGGAACGCAAGACUUUGCAGUUCCUCGAGAACGAACGAAAAACCAAGGAGAAGGAAGAGAAGGAGCGUCAACGCAGACAGGCCGAGGUUGACAAGGAGACUGAGCGUCUGCGAAAGCAAUUCGGUGAUCAAUCGAAUAUACUGGGCUCGCAGCAACAGGCCCGCCCACAACCACAGUCCCAGCGUCAUUCGACGCCACACAUCCAGUUCCAAACCCAAAGACCUGGUCCAUCGCGACCGCAGCAGCGUCCUGCGCCAGUACCCGCGCAACCUGUAUUUUCUGCAGGGCCCUACCUACAGCCUGGUACACACCGGCCAACAGCAAGCGCUAGCAGCUUCUUUAGCAACGGAUUGCCGAAACCGCAGACGGGACAAGCACCCAUGAAGGCAAAGAAGAGUUUCUGGGGGUUGAGGUCAAACAGCGAGACCAAUGCGGAGAAGUUGAAGAAGAAAAAGAGCAGCAUGUUCUAG